AUGAAUAAAUUAUCAGAAAUAAAUAGUAAUUGUAAAAUGAAUAAAUGUGCAGAAAUUGAUAAACAAAAUAUAUUACAUCAAUGUGAAAGUACACGACAACGUCGAAAUGUUUUAUCUGAUGUAUCAGCAGUGCGGACAAAUGUUAAUACAUCUUCUCCAAAACAUUAUUAUAAUCAAUUAACUGAACGUGUUCGAGAACUUGAAAAAGAAAUUCUACCUGAUCGAUAUUUUUAUCGAAUAUCACCAACUUAUUCACCAUUUUCACCUGUAACACCAUGUUCAAAUGUUAACGGAUUUGGUAUUUCAAAUUAUCCAUAUUCACUAAACAUUCCAAUUAAUUUAAUUUCACCAAGUUCAUCUGUACCAAUACAACCAUUUGGUUUAUCUUCAAAAAUUCUUGAACGUGCUCAUGAAAUUCCUGAACGAUUUUGGAUUCAUUGGCAACAAAAACAAAUGCAAAAUCGAAUAGAUGAACUUGAAUAUAUUAAAAAUAAAUUAACCAGUCCAAAUGAAAUUAAUCUAACACCACCAACAACAAAACAACAAAAAAAUUAUUUAUUACAUCGUAAUGUACAAGACCACCAUAUCAGUCCUCCUCAAACAGCAACUUUUAAUAUAAUAACUACAACGAAUAUUGACAAUAAAACAUCUUCAUCAAAUACUAAUAAUCAUUGUUCAUUUAAUUUCGAUCAACAAUCAAUAGAUAGAGUCAAUAGAGAUAAUCUAAAUGAUACAUCUUCACCUAUCAAAUCAAUAGCUUCUCGUUCAUCUAUACAAAAACCUCAAUCAACACUUGAUCGUUCUCGUUUAACUAUAUUCUUACCAUAUUCAUAUACGAAUAUAUCAAAGCCAACAACAUCUACUAAUAAUCAUUGUCAAUUAUUAACUAAAUCAAUUUCAGAAAAAUCAACUGAUAAAAAAGAUAAUACAAUUCAAACAAUGUCAUCUACUAGUAAUAUUGAAGAUGUUGCACAAAUAGAUACUGAACUUAAUCUUAUAUUACUUUUACGAGAAAAUCGAGAUCAAACAAAUCCAUUAUUAUUUUCAAAAGUUACUAUUAAUCGUACUGUUGAAUUUCAAUCAUUAUCAUCGAACAAAGAAUCAUCAAUAUAUCAAAAAAGAAAUAUCAAUUGA